UUAAAUCACUUUGAUUGAUUAAAUUAAAAAAAAAUUGAGACUGGCGAUUUGAAAUCUUUGUCGUCGUCUCAUCUCCAUCGCUGUCGUCUUCUCAUCUCCGUCGUCGUCCGUCGUCAGCUCCGCCAGCCAUCGACGAUCUCCUUCAGCUAUGUCAUCGACGUUAUCUUUCAGCUCGGCGGCGAUCUCUCUCUCUUUCUCAAUUUUUCUCUUUCUCUCUCUCUAUCUCUCUCUGAUUUUGAAUCGGAAAUGUUAUCUUCUUCUUCCUUGAUCUCCUAUCUCUCGCUUAGAGGUUUUGACCGUUUCUGAUUUACUAUAUUUGAUUGGAUCCCGGCGUUUUUCAGGAGGUGAAUUUUGUUUUCCUGCUCGAUCGUAUUUGCUGCGAAAAUUCCACCGGUUUACAGGGAAGCUCAUGACCUUUAAGGAGAGCGAGUAUGGUUACGCUCGCAAGGUUUCAGGACCUGUCGUUGUUGCGGAUGGUAUGGCUGGUGCUGCUAUGUAUGAGUUAUCUUCAAGAACGUUCCUUUCAAUCCUGGCUUCUACUCUGAAGCUUCUUUCUUCUUCAGAGGAGAUAGUUAGUGGAGAUAACUCCAAGAUCAUCCCAUGCUUGUGGAUCUCAAGAAUGGAGAGACCUACAGUGGGCAUUUAGUAAAUUGUGAUACGUGGAUGAACAUUUAUCUUCGUGAAGUAAUCUGCACAUCAAAGGACGGUGACAGGUUUUGGAGAAUGCCGGAAUGUUGCAUCCUCAACAAGGAUUGUCUAAUAUUUUUUACACACUUUUGAUUUCGAAAACAGACUUGUGCAAAAAAACACACUCAUUUUAUUUUUCUGGAAACUCAUCCUAAGAUUGCCAAAAUCUAUCCUAUAUAACACAUUUGUUUUUUAAUAAUACCACAUUUAACACUU